AUGGUGCAGGCAUGGCAGAUCGUGGGAGAGUCGUUCGUUGACGCGAACUUUGGUGGCCACAACUGGACCGAUGAGCUGCGCACCCACAUGCUGGCGGCCUACCAGAGCCCGGAUGCCCCUGCGGCCUACCACGAGAUCGCCACCAUGCUAUCUGACCUGGGGGAUCCCUACACGCGCCUCCUCCCGCCGGAUGAGUACCAGGAGUUUGUGGUGUCGAGCAAUGGGGAGCUGCAGGGCGUGGGCAUGCUCAUCGCCAACGAGCCCGUGGAGGGUCACCUGCUGGUGCUGGCGCCCAUCAAGGGCUCCCCUGCAGACCGCGCGGGCAUCAAGCCAGGCGACAUUGUGAUGGCCAUCAACGGCCAGGACACCAGCGGCUGGACGGGGGAGCAGGCUGCGCGCCACCUCAGGGGCAUGGGCGGGACACAGGUGCGAGUGCGCCUGGUCCGCCACACCAACGAGAUCCCUGGCGUGGCGGGCCGUCCCCCGCGCCCCGUGGAGCCUGCCACGCGCGAGGUGGAGGUCAGCAUGACGCGUGAGACGGUCACGCUGUCACCGCUGUUCUACGCAGCACUGCCAGACCCCAGUGGCGGCCGCGUGGGCUACCUGAAGCUGGCAGCCUUCAGCCAGAACGCGGGCGCGGCUGUGCGCGAUGCCAUACGGGACCUCAAGGCCACGGGCGUUGACGGCUACGUGCUCGAUCUGCGCAGCAACCCUGGCGGCUUGGUGCAGAGCGCUGCUGAUGUGGCGCGCGUGUUCAUGGACGGGCACCCCACCCUGUUUACGGUCAGCGGCCGCAGCGGUGAGCAGCUGCAGGAGGUGGUGCUGGAGGACGGCUCCAGUGAGACGACCGCGCCCCUCACCGUGCUGGUGGACCACGGCAGCGCCAGCGCGAGUGAGAUCCUGAGCGGCGCCCUGCGCGACAACCACCGCGCCCUCGUCAUCGGCGACGAGAAGACAUACGGCAAGGGCCGCAUCCAGAGCGUCUACGAAAUGGACGACGGCUCUGCCCUGUUUGUGACGGUGGCGCGCUACCGCACCCCCGGCGGCACGGACAUCGACCUUCGCGGCAUCCAUCCCGACAUGGCCUGCACCCCGCCCCUCAUUGGUGCCGCGUCGCGCCGCAACCUUGACCCGCGCGCCCUGCCCGCGUCUGGCCCCAUAGCGGGCGUGGACCUGGCUGACCUGGGGGUGGCCGCCCGGCAGGGCGCGGUCACCAGCGUCGUGCAGGGCCCCGAGGUGGACCGCUGCCUGCUGACGGCCAUGAGCAUGCUGGCUGACAAGUCUGCUCUCAUCGAUGCAACAGCCGGCACCACCGUCGCCGCCGCGCCCUGA